CUAAGUUCAAGACAGAUCACAAUGAGGAAGGGUGCAGAAGACUUCGCAAUGAAUCGCUGCCAGCGACUCGCUGUCGGGCCAAGUUCAAAGCUUGUGCAAACGGACAACGGCUGGAAGCUUGCAGCAGCUCGUGCGCAUAGCAUUCGCGAUACAUUGCCGAUGAAGAUCUCGGGGCGACGCGCCGUUGUCGAGGCUAGGAAGAUUGGCGCGAAAUCGGCCAAUCAGGGCCCAGUCCGCCCGAGCUCCGAAAUUCGGAUGAAAUGGCUCGGUUGA